UAUAUAUAUAUAUAUAUAUCUUACCUAGAAUAAAGUUCUUGAGAAAUUCUUAUAUUAAGCAAAAUUGUGCUUAAAAUAAGUAAAAGGGGAUAAAUUAUUCUUAUCAAGAAUGAAUUUUACUUGAAAUAAGUAAACUUGUUCUAAGCAAGAAUAACAGUUUCUUAAAACAAGUGAAUGUUCUAGCUUGUAUUCGCACUAUAAAUUUUGGUGUUCUUAAAACAAGCAAAGCGUCUUUGUGGAUUCUUGGCAAGAAAUAUUGUUGAUUUAAAACCGCCAUUCAAAAAAGCUUGUUGAUUCACUUGCCAAGAAUACUAAUUUCCUUAUAAUAUCCAAAGCAUCUUGAAAGCCGCUUUCAAACAAGCAAGAAUAUUUUUAAAUUCUUACUUCUUUUAUAUUCUUAAGUCAGGAGCAUUUCUUAAAAUAAGCAAAGCUCCAGCCAGAUGGGGUACCUUGCAGUAAGUGGUAACUUGCGCGAAGACCAGUGAUACAUUUAUAGGAUUGCACCGCGUUCUCGAUGCGUGCUGGGAUUGCGUCGCUUCGCAGUUCGCACGUUGUUGUUUGUUCCUUAAUUUGCAGAGUAUAAAUCGACAUUAAGUAUUUUGGAUUGUUUAUUCGAAUGUAUAUCAAAUUUUACUGGGCAUUAUGUCGCAAGGAUUCGUGGAGAAGAUCGCGGAAUUUGUUUUAAACUGAGUGGCUCAUGCAGUGGGGAUCUCAUGGAGGCUUCUCAGAGGUAAGGAUUUGGAGGAAGGAGGUAAGGAUCUCAGAGGACGUUGGCUAAACCAUGUUCAAAAGCAUGGAUUCAAGCACUAAUAUGCAUGAACAUGAAACAUCUGCCAAUGCCAUAACAGAUAUACUCAUGCAAUCUUAGGAUUAUGAUAUACUGAAUCUUAGGAUAUACAUUAGUUUUGAUAAAGAAUUUGGAUAAAAUAGCUAAUGCAUUAUAAGGAAUUGUGCAAUGCUGUUGGAUUAUUCACCUAACAUAUAGCUUAGUUUUAGUGGUAUAAUAAAAUAAAUAUAUGUUAUUUACCACAUUGGAGGUCCGUAUACCAGAUUGAAGGUUGAGACCUUGAGAAAUAUUUCCCUAUAUGGACCGACUAAACUGGUAACAAUAGAUUUAUUUUUUUAAUUCCGCCCCCCGUGCGUGCGUUCUUUUAAAUCUUGCGCGGUCCGUACGGCCUCAUACGGAUCGCUCGCGUAGCCAAUCAGAUUGCAGGAAACGCUAAAAUAUGAAUUCGGACUGCAAGAAAAAAAAAAUCAAAUAAUACCACCAACAUGAUAUGUGCUAUACCCAUGCAUGCAUCUUAAGAUACCUGUGCGUGGUCUACCCGCAUGUCUCUAUUUAACUGUUAAAUUCUAAACGGUUUAUAAUUUGUAUUUUUUUUAAAGGUGAUUUGAUGAAAAACAUCCACGUAAUAUUCAGUGAAUCUACUAGUCAAAACAAGAAAACAAUGCAUUUGACUUGGUUUAAUAAAGCAAUAAUUAAGAUAACAUAAAGCAGACUCACCAGAGAACCUCAAUGAAAUGAAAGCAAACAACGUUAAACAUGACAAAUAUGAAGCUCCUCAAGAUCAACCUGUAAAUGGAAAUAAUGGAAUGCAUCUACUCAAAUGACUCUGGCAACGUUGAUGAAACAGGACAAACUGGUUCGUUGGAAACUCCGGUAUCGAUGAACAUCACACAAGCUGCUCCAGAUAAUUCGAGCCCGACAGGGCCUAGUUAUUAUGAGCCUGUGGACCGUGUUUUCAAUGGUAAUGAAAUUGAACUUACACAAGGAAUUUCUGCAGCACCAACAUCAUCGGAUUACAUGGCUUUGAAAGAAUCCAGAGAGCUAGAGAACACAAAUUACCAAUCGCUAUUACCAUCAGAUACGAGUAACCCAGAUCAAAUGGAGGAGGUUGAUGAUGACGUUUUGGGAUACACCGCUUUAAUCAGAGAACCACCCAGCCCCUAUCAACCGUUACAAUCCUGCACCAAGAACGAGGGGCGAUCUUAAUCGUAAGCGGUUACACUUAGAAGAAAAAAAAAAUAUUUGAAGUAACGAGUUAUCUACAAGCUCUAUAUUUUUCUUACAUUCUUUUAAUAAAAACGACCUCAGAGGCCGUUUGAAACAAAACAUUUUUUAGAAACAUUGGUUUCAGCCAGGAAAUGAAACAUUUUCAUAGGCCAAAUGCAUGAAUUAAAAAAUUGCAUGAGUGAAUUUAAAUGUCUUGUUUGGGUUAACAUGCAACAGCUGACCAUGUAAUGCAUGCGUUCAUAACCUGUGAUGGAACAUCUUUUUCAGUUUAUAAUUGUAGCGAAAUAUAAUGGUUUUUGGGUCCAUACCAGAUCCUAGUAGAAUUUAUAUCUGAAAGAUACAACCAGACAUUAAUGCAUGGCUUAGAAAUUUUCACCGAAAUCCGAAUUUUAUGAAAUGGAAGCUGUUGAUAUUUCAUUAACAUAUCACAUCAUUUCCUGUUUCCGCACGAGUUUUUUCAGUCCAACACGGACACUUGAGAGUCACUUGCUGUUUCAAACUUUCAUCUUCACUCCUCGCAUAACGAUAUUGAUGUGCUAAAUAACAACUCAACAACGAACAUGUCUUGGUUAUUUUAUACAUGGUUAAUCUUCUGUGGUAUGUCGCUAUUGGCGUUUGAAGGUAAAAUAUUUUACUAUCUCGUUGAAGAUCCUGCAAAAUGAAUCCACCCUUAUUGAAGCGGCUUAAUUCAAGGCGGUUUUCCA